AUUGUAAUUCAUGUAAUAUAUAAUAUUUAUAUUUUACUUGAUCUUUGUAAAUCGAAGGAGGUGAAGAAUUGUUUCGGGUUUUGGAAAUAUUGAUUUUCAGAGAAGAGAGAGAUCAGGGGCUUUGAUUGGAUCAAGGAAGAGACUUGAACUUGCGGAUUACGAACGAGGUUUAGGACAGAAAAUGUGGAUCUUGUAAAGGCAUUGAUUCGAUCGAGAAAGAGGAAAAUAAGAAAAGGUGAUUACACAUUUUAUCUGCUCAAGGUGGAUCAACUUUUUGCUUUGCUGUUGGAGAAGAAAGAAGAAGCUUAAAGACGAAGUGGCUUUUUCGGGGUUUCUGGCUCCAGUAUGUGUUAGUGGACAAUAUAGCAGCUGCAUACUUGCUCAAGCUUUGGAUAUUCUGUGACCAAUCAUCGAAGCCCAUUAUUGAGGUGUCCUGUACUAGCACUUGAGGUUUAUAGACUCCAACUUGAGCUGGACUGGGCACUAGCACUUCUGAUUAUAUUCAAGGAAGUUACAUCUUUGAAAGUGGAAGAUACUUUUAUAACUUCUGAUCUAACUUUGGCACAAGAAAAUGGGAAUUCAGUGCUCCACACUCAUUCCAUGUUGUGUGAAUUCACAAGUAAAGGCAUCUGCUCUUGAAGCUCUUGAUGCCGUUAACGAGGAUACAAGCGACACCAGGAACUGGCCUGCAUUCCGUGAAUAUACAUUUGAGCAGCUUAAGAAUGCAACAUCUGGUUUUGCUGUGGAGAAUAUUGUAUCUGAACAUGGGGAGAAGGCUCCAAAUGUUGUUUAUAAAGGGAAGCUGGAGAAUCAAACGAGAAUUGCUGUUAAGCGUUUCAAUAGAAAUGCUUGGCCUGAUGCCCGGCAAUUUUUGGAGGAAGCAAGAUCAGUUGGUCAGCUCCGCAACCAAAGAUUGGCAAAUUUGCUUGGUUGUUGUUGUGAAUGUGAUGAGAGGUUGCUUGUGGCUGAAUAUAUGCCAAACGAAACACUUGCCAAACACCUCUUUCAUUGGGAAACACAACCUAUGAAGUGGGCAAUGCGACUGAGAGUCGUUCUAUAUAUUGCACAAGCUCUAGAAUACUGCACAAGUAAAGGGCGUGCACUCUAUCAUGACCUUAAUGCAUAUAGGGUUCUUUUUGAUGAGGACGGUAAUCCUAGGCUUUCGAGUUUUGGUCUUAUGAAGAAUAGUAGGGAUGGGAAGAGUUAUAGCACGAAUUUGGCCUUUACCCCACCAGAGUAUCUGAGAACUGGGAGGGUGACACCGGAAAGUGUAAUUUAUAGCUUUGGCACUCUUUUGCUUGAUCUUCUUAGUGGAAAGCAUAUCCCCCCAAGCCAUGCCCUCGACUUGAUUCGGGACAGAAAUCUUCAGAUGCUGACAGACUCUUGUUUGGAAGGACAGUUUUCUAAUGGUGACGGAACUGAGUUGGUACGGUUGGCAUCUCGAUGCUUACAGUAUGAACCUAGGGAACGGCCGAAUUCCAAGUCAUUGAUGGCUGCACUGGCACCGCUUCAGAAAGAAACCGAGGUUCCUUCACAUGUCUUGAUGGGUAUUCCGCACAGCGCUACUUUUGCUUCGUUGUCUCCACUUGGUGAAGCAUGCUCAAGAAAAGACUUGACCGCUAUUCAUGAAGUUCUGGAAAAUAUUGGCUAUAAAGAUGAUGAAGGAGUGACAAACGAGUUAUCAUUCCAUAUGUGGACUGAUCAAAUGCAGGACACGCUAAAUUGUAAGAAAAAGGGAGAUGCUGCUUUCCGGCAGAAAGAUUUUCGACUUGCUAUUGAGUGUUACACCCAGUUCAUUGAUGCUGGAACAAUGAUUUCUCCAACAGUCUAUGCACGGCGCAGUUUAUGUUAUCUCAUCAGUGACAUGCCUCAAGAAGCUCUGAAUGAUGCAAUGCAAGCACAAAUCAUCUCUCCCGUAUGGCAUAUUGCAUCUUAUCUUCAAUCAGUGGCUCUCGCCAAGAUCGGGAUGGAGAGUGAAGCCCAAGUAGCACUUAAAGAAGGCACAGCACUGGAAGCCAAGCGAAAUGCAGCUGGUGGACCAAAGUGAGGAGCCUGUACAGAGAAUUUAUUGCUGGUUAUAUUCUGCAUCAUGACCGCCCACCAUACAAUUGGCUACAAGUUUUUGGUGGGCAAUGCAGGAGUUUCAUCCGCAAGAAGAGUUCAUAUUUGUGAGAGCGAAGCAUGUGUUUGAAGAAAUCUUCACAUAAGCAGUGGUUGAAUGAGUGAUGGUGAAUACAGCCCUUAAAGGGGUGGUGGCAUUUGAUGGUUUGUAAAAGCACCACUUCGGUUCUUUUGAUGGUUUGAUUGAUUGUGCAUGAAACUAAAGCAUUUUUUCACCUGUAAAAGAAAAUCGAAAUGCAUGGAAACCGUUUAAGUUCUUUCAUUCAGUUUUGUAAUUGGCUUUCGAUUGCCAAACAAGAUUUGCUUUUCCCUGAUGGAUCCUCAUGUAAUUUGCUUCUGUUUAUAUGUUCAUUUGCGUUUUCGUUCCCAAAAAA